UAAGUGUAUUACGAUUUGGAAAAAUAUUAAAGUUGAUGUUAAAGAAUAAAGAAAGAAAAAUUGUAAUUAAAGAUCUUAAAUAAUUAAUUGAAAUUGUUAGAUUGGAUAAAAGUAUAUAACAUGAUAUUGGUUGAUUUACAAAAGCAUUUUUUCGAGCGCCAAAUAAGUGCGAAACGUUAACCGUAUGUAAUAGUACCUUAAACAGUUACCACAGAAAAUCCAAUAUGGUGACAGUUGUAGAGCGGUUCUGUCGAUCUUCUCUAAUUUAAGAUAAGAAAAUUACGAUAAUGCCACGAAAGUAAUAACAAUAAUGAAAAUUCGAUUGAAAAUAUAGUGAUCAAUUAAAAAAUUCUCAUGUCAUACCAAUAUAUUCUAUAGGUGAUCACUAAAAAAAUAUAUUUCUCCAGGGACAGUGGCUGGAACUUUGCCACACACUUUGUCCUUUGAGUUGUAUUUAAAGAUAAAAAAAAUUCAUUUCUUGAGAAAUGGAAUGUGUCAGAGUAGAAGGUGAUACGGAAACGAACGACACCGAAACUACAAAAAGCAAAAUUAAAGAUAAAAAUGAAAGUUGUCUAACAGAUGUUUUAGAUAUUAAUACUCGUCUGAGUCUGGAAACAACAGAAAUUUCAGAAGAACCUCAUACAAAUGGUAUUUCCCAAGAAAACGGUUUAUGCGAUUCUUUUUCUAGAACAACCGAUUCAUCCAAUCAUCCUCCACAAUCUCAAACAAUGGAAACUAGUCAUUUAAAUCAACAUGAAAAAAUGGAAACACUAUCCUUGGAAAGUAGUGAUAAUGAAAUUCAAUAUGUUAGUUAUACAAGUGAACUGCAAAUGCCUGAUAUAAUGAAAUUGAUACAAAAAGACUUAAGUGAACCAUAUUCUAUUUAUACAUAUAGAUAUUUUAUCCAUAACUGGCCGAAGUUGUGCUUCCUGGCAAUGCAUGGUGACGAGUGUGUAGGUGCCAUUGUCUGCAAGCUGGACAUCCACAGAAAGGUAAUAAAACGUGGAUAUAUUGCAAUGCUAGCGGUUGAUGUAAAAUAUCGAAAACGCAAGAUCGGAUCGAAUUUAGUGAGGAGGGCAAUACGUGCAAUGGUAGAGGAUGAUGCAGAUGAAGUUGUAUUGGAGACUGAAAUAACAAAUCGACCAGCUUUACGAUUAUAUGAAAAUUUGGGAUUUGUGCGUGAUAAACGAUUAUUUCGAUAUUAUUUAAAUGGAGUGGAUGCUUUACGGUUAAAAUUAUGGUUUAGAUGAAAACCGCCAGAGUGCUUAUGUCAAUAGGAACUUAAAUAAUUGCAGUGUUAAAGCAAAAGAUUUGCAUCCUUCCUCGGACAGACAUACAGCAUUAAUGCCACAGGGAUUAAUGUGUACGCACAAUUUGCUGAUGCUAACUUUUAAUGAAAUAAUAAUUAUAGACUGCAUAAAUAUUUAUGCUAUUAUUAAUUAGAAAUACAAAAAAAGAUUGUGCAGCAAUAUAAGUCUAUUUAAAUAUUAAAGGAAUUAUGUAUAAUAUUGGAAGAGAAAUUUUUGAUGAUUUAAUUCUUGAUAUAAAUUUAUAAUAUUUUUUAUUUGUGUUACAUUUUCAUUUCUAGGUUUUCUCAGAUCAUUGGUUAACAAUAAUUGCUAUGGCAUUAAUGCUGAUUUUUUAUAUAGAUUUCAAUUACAGCCUACAAUUACAUAAAUUUGAAAAAGUGAUAGGAUGGAAUAAAUCCAGACUGUGAAAAAAAA